AUGGCUGCAUACGACUACGACGCCGCGGUCGCGCUGGCCGAGUUUCAGGCGGCCCGCGCCGGCGUCCGCGGCCUCAUCGAGUCCGGAAUCACCUCCGUGCCGCCGCUCUUCCUCGUACCCAGCACCAUCAGCCCCUCCCCACCGCCAUUGGAGAGCGAGAUCAUCUUCACCAUCCCAAGCGUUGACCUCGCACUCCCGCACUCAUCCAGCCUGCCACUCAUCCGCGCCGCCGCACGCUCGUGCGGCUUCUUCCAUGUCACCAACCACGGCGUCGACACCGCCACCGUCGACGGCGCGGUGUCCGCCGUCCGGGCCUUCCACGAGCUACCCCUCACCGUCCGUUCAGCGUUCUACACGCCCGCGUCCGUCGGGAGCGUCACCUACUCCACCAUCCCCAUCCAGCCCGGCAAAAACUCCGCCGGUCCUCUCCUCCCCUGGCGCGACACGCUCCAGGUCCGCUUCGGCCCUCCUCCGGCGCCUGACCUCGCCCAUCUGCCGCCGGCUUGCCGGGACGCGCUGCUCAAGUACCAGCUGCUCAUGACGGCGCUCGGGAAGAAGAUGGCCGGGCUGCUGUCGGAGGCGCUCGGCGUCGGCGCGGGGCGGCUGGAGAGGGCGAUGCAGGUGGAAGGCUUGCUCAUGGCGUGCCACUACUACCCGCCGUGCCCGGAGCCGGCGCGGGUGGUGGGCGGCCUGGAGCACACGGACCCCAGCCUCUUCACCGUCCUGGCGCAGGACGGAGUCGGAGGGCUUCAGGUGCGCCUCCGCGACGGACGGUGGGCCGACGUGCCGCCGGAGCCCGGCGCGCUUCUGGUCAACAUCGGGGACGUGCUCAAGGUGGUUUCAAAUGAUGAGUACGAGAGCGUGGAGCACAGGGUGGUGAUCAAGUCUUGUGAAGAUGCGAGGGUGUCCAUUGCACUCUUCUUUAACCCUGCGAAGCGCCAGGAAUCCGACUUGUUUGGGCCCCUCCCGGAGCUCUUGACGGCGGGAAAGCAGCAGCGUUACCGGGCUUUCACCCUGACAGAGUUCAUGAGCUCCCGAAGAGAGCAUGGCCAUGGCACCAAGUCCAUCGACCAGUUCAGGAUUGCACAUGAAUAA